AUGUCCUGCUACGACCUGUGCUCCACCGGCUCUGCCUGCGGCGUCCUCCGCCCCCAGCCCCUGGCUGACAGCGGGAAUGAGCCGUGCGUCCGCCAGUGCCCUGACUCCACCACCGUGAUCCAGCCUCCCGCCGUGGUGGUCACCUUCCCCGGCCCCAUCCUCAGCUCCUUCCCUCAGGAUUCCGUGGUGGGAUCUGCUGGAGCACCCGUCCUUGCAGCCUCCGGGGCCUCCCUGGGCUAUGGGGGCUACGGAUCCCUGGGCUAUGGGGGCUAUGGAUCCCUGGGCUAUGGGGGUCUCUAUGGAUAUGGGGGUUACGGAUCCCUGGGCUACGGGGGUCUGUGGGGCUAUGGGGGUCUGGGCUCCUGUGGCGGGUACCGGGGCCUGUAUGGCUCUGGCAGAGCCUUUGGCUCUGGCUAUUGCAGCCCCUACUCCUGGUAUGGCCGCUACGGCCGUGGCUUCUGGGGCUCCUGCUAA